AUGCACUCCAAUUGCUUGAUCAGCUGCCUCGGAAUUUGGUUAAUAUCUAUUAUAGCUGUGGUACAAUGUUACACUAAUUAUAAAUGUGGUAAUGGUGUGGAGAUAACAGAAAACCAGGCUCGAAUAGCCCACGGCAAUGCGAUGAAGUAUUUGUCUGAAGUUGCUGCAUUCAAGAAACCCCUAAUUGAAUCUAAUUACAGAGGAAAUAUAGGACACUUACCUUUCCCCACUUAUUUUUGGUACAUAACACACUCGCUCGACCUACAAGGUCAGGUAGUAAUGAAAUACUAUCUGUUGACUUCAUCUAAAGGUGAAUUCUUGAUGAUAAUAAGCACUGGCUGGAUGAAGGAGAUUGGUGAAGAAGACACCUGGUGUCCUGGGACGUAA